AUGACACGACGUGUCACGUCGGUGUCUUGGGUCGUCGGCGGCGGCGCCGCCCCGAUGCCACCGGCGCUACAGCCGCCGUCAGGACGAGCUGCAGCCGCUCGCGACAGGUCCGUCAACCCCGCCGGAGGACCGUGUAAACAGCGGAUUAACCGACCUUUUCCCCUGCUCCCGAUACCGGAAACACCGGGCGGCGCCGUUCACGUCCGCCAUUGUUCCUGUGUCAUCUCCUGGGGUUAG